ACCGCAGCGUGCGCGCGCUCCAGCGCUCUGAGUCUGUCAGCUGCGCGCGACACACACACGGAGAUAGAGAGAGGGGGGGUGCUAGGCUAACGGUGUAGCUCAUGUAGCUGUAAACAGUUACACUCCGCCUUACCAGCCGAGUUUAAUGAAACACCUUCCCCAGGAUGGAGGCGAGAAGAUUAAAUAAACACACCGCAAAGUCAUGAGGAUGUUUACAAACGUGAACAUUUCCAAAAAAAACAAAACAAACAAGUUUUGCGACAGGACUAAGCACUUUAGUUAGCUAGCUCACGCGCUAGUUUAGAGUGUUGGAGCUAGUGACGACGUAUCGUCUAAGCUAAGCUAUCUUACUGCAUGGAAAGUAGCUCCGGGUUCACCUUUAGCACCUAGCAUGGAUUAAUUACCUCGUUAUCCACGAGUACAAUAUUAAAUAAGGAGUUUAACAGUCAGGGUUGUUGUUUUUUCCCCUGUUUCUGGGUCGGAAACUUGACUGAGACACACACACACACACACAGAGGAAUGGCUGGCGGAGCUCCGGUGUCUCCUCGUCUCCUCAGGCCUGAGCGAGUGAAGCUGUGAGCCGGGCGGUGCAUUGUCACCGGAGCGGAAUGAUUUAGCAGGGUGGCACCAGCUGUGCACGUCAAAAAGAGGAGGAAGAGGAAGAAGAUGGGGGUUAAUGCCUCCAGCUAUCCUCACUCGUGCUCCCCCCGAUUCGGGGGACAUUCACCCACCCAGCAGACCUACAUAGGCACAUCCUAUGCACCCCAGGGUUAUGGAGUCGAGUCGAAGCUUUACAGCUUGGAGCAUUGCCCCGAGAAACCUCAGGACAAGAAGAAGAAGAGCUCGAGCCUGGCCACACUGAAGCGGCGCUUCAUUAAGCGGCGCAAGGCGAGCCGCUCGGCCGAUCACGCACGCCACAUGAGGGAUCUGCUCUCGGGCUGGGACGUACGCGACGUCGCCGCCCUGGUGGAGGAGUAUGAGGGCACGGCCGCGCUCAAGGAGCUCAGCAUGCAGGCGUGUCUGGCCCGCCCCGAGGCCCGCACCCUGCCCCGGGACCUGGCCUCUCUUUACCAGCACAAAUACUGCACAGACGUGGAGCUGAUCUUCCAGGACACGCGCUUCACCGCUCACCGAUCCGUCCUGGCCGCACGCUGCCCCUUCUUCAGGACUCUGCUGUCCUCAUCGCCGGGAUACAGCACCCAGCUGCUCCUGGACGUGGGCACGGCGGGGAUAGAUGCCUCCAUGUUCUCGGCGCUGCUGCGUUACCUGUACACGGGCGAGUUGGGCGCCGAAGACGCCCGCCUGCACAACGUGGACGUCUUAGUGCGGCUCAGCGAGGAGUUCGGGACGCCCAGCUCUCUGGAGACGGACAUGCGCGAGCUGCGGCAGAGAAUGUGCUACUACGACUCCGUGCUCUGCUUCUCGUCCGACUCCGAGCCGGACGAACCUUUCGGAGCGGACCCGAGCGGAGAGGAGGAGGAACUGAAGGCCCAUAAGGCCAUCCUGGCGGCACGCUCGCCGUUCUUCCGGAACCUGCUGCAGCGGCGUGUGCGCGCGGCCGAAGAGGAGACGGUGCCAGCGCGCAUCGUCCUGAACGAGUCCAUCAUCCCGCGGAAGUAUGCCGGCGUGGUGCUGCACUGCAUGUACACGGACGCGGUGGAGCUGGAGCGCGUGGUGCGGAGCAGCCCCUCGGCCGGGAGUCUGGGUGAAGCUCAGGCUUUAGCUGCCGGGAAGGGAAGCAUGAGCAGAGCCGAGGAAGCCAUGGAGCUGUACCACAUCGCCCUGUUCCUCGAGUUCAGCAUGCUGGCACAGGGCUGUGAGGACAUCGUGGUGGAGAGCAUCUCUCUGGACUCGGUGGUUCCGAUCCUGAAGUGGAGCUCCCAGCCGUACGGGUCUAAGUGGGUCCAUCGUCAGGCCCUGCACUUCCUGUGUGAGGAGUUCAGUCACGUGAUGACGUCAGACGUCCUGUACGAACUGAACAAGGAGUACCUGCUGGGGGCCAUCCAGUCUGAUUACCUGCAGGCCAGCGAGCAGGAUGUCCUGAAGUAUGUGGUGAAGUGGGGAGAACACCAGCUCAUCAGAAGGAUGGCCGAUCGAGAGCCCAACCUGCUGAGCGGCACGGCCCACAGUGUGAAUAAGCGCGGAGUGAAGAGGCGUGAUCUGGACCUGGAGGAGCUGAAGGAGAUCCUGUCCCCUCUGCUGCCCUGCGUGCGCACCGAACACAUCCUGCCCACCAACAGCGAGGUCCUCUCCGACACGCUGAAGCGAGGUCUGAUCAGCACGCCUCCGGCAGACAUGAUCCCCACAGUGGAGGGAGGAAAAGCCAACGCCUGGCUGAGGCAGAAGAGCGCUGGCAUCUACGUACGACCCCGCCUCUUCACUCCGUACGUGGACGAGGCCAAGGCCGUCCUGGACGAGAUGAUGGUGGAGCAGACGGACUUGGUGAGGCUGCGCAUGGUGCGCAUGUCCAACGUUCCCGACACUCUUUACAUGGUCAAUAACGCCGUACCCCAGUGCUGUCACAUGAUCAACCACCAGCAAAUGGCUGGCAGCCAGACGGCCCCGCCCUCAGUGGUGGCCAAUGAGAUACCAGUUCCCAGGCUAGCAGUGGUGAAGGAGAUGAUUCGGCGGCUGCACGAGCUGCGGCACACGGAGCAGGUACAGCGGGCGUACGCCCUGAACUGCGGUGAGGGAGCGACGGUCAGUUACGAGCUGCAGAUCCGAGUGCUCAGGGAGUUCAGCCUGCCUGAUGGAGCUGCAGAACUGCUUCAGAACCCGCACAAGUUCUUCCCUGACGAGCGUUUCGGAGAUGAGAGCCCGGUGCUGGCCCUGCGUCCGUCCGCUCGCUGUCGGGUUAACAGCACUCCGGCUGUGGAGAGCAUGUUCACAGACCUGCAGACCGUAAUGGGCCUCCAUCCACCCCUGCCUCCUCCACCGCCGCCGUACCACCCCCCCACCACACAGCAGAUCCGGAGUGGCUGGAGGCCCCGCGUGCCCACCCAGCAGCCCUCACGCUCCUUAUCCUACCCCUGUAAUCACACGCUGCUACACACCCAGGCCUCCUCCAAAAUGGCCAGCCCCAUUUAUUCAGUCACGGGGGUCAAGGCCGUACCUCCGGACUGUACCAACCAGCAGGGGAGGGUCCUCAACCCCAGCAAGAAAGGGAACAUGGAGCCGGUCAUCAACGAGUUCAUGCCGGACAUCGCCAUGGGCGUGUCGGCCAUGAGUCUGAAGGACCGCCGCCUUCCUGAGGUCACCAUGGAGGUGGAAGGUCGCGACCCCCGCCCUUUGGUCUCCACGGUUCCGCCCGUCUCUCAGUGUUUCUCCAGCCGCCACCCGCACUCGUCAUCACGCAAGCGGCACGCGGCCGAGCCCAAACCCGACGCGCCGCAGCACACACACUUCCCCGACCUGUACGAACUCUACACGCACGGCCGCACCGACUCCGCGCACAGGCUCCACCUCGCCCUGGGAGCUCAGGCCAACCAGAGAGCGCCUCCUAAAGGAGAGACGGACCUGACCUGCGGCCUGAGCCCCGACACGGAACCGUACGACGAGUGGAACCCGAGCCGAAGACUCGCCGGCGCCGGCGCGUCGGGCACGGGAGAAGAGGGAGGAGGGAUCGGGGCUCGAGAGCGCAGGUCGCCUAACAAACACGAAUACCUGUACAGGAAGUCGGCACUAUGACCCUGGAGAGAGACUCGAGAAGGCUUUAAGGCACAAAAUUUCAGAUUUAAUGCUGGGGUUUGAUUACAGGGCGGGGAAAUAUGAUGAAUAUAUAUAUCUUGUCCACGUUUUAUUUUCAAUAUUUAAACGCCCUCGAUAAGGGCGCUGAAGCUAAAACUCACUUGGGUUACUGACAAUCAGCGUAGAAUCGAGUCCCCGAGCCCGAGAGCCGUCACCGUGCGCUCCCGUUACGCUCAUUUUCCUCCGCCUGAGAGUCCAACACACUCUGAGCUGAGAGGAGGAGACAGAGAGAAAUAUAUAUUCACACAGACGUAUUAUGCAUUUAUCUUUGCUUAGGAAUAAACCGUGAAAUAAAAACGUCCAGGCAAUAAGUCACCUCAUCCAAACAUCACAUAAACACGAGGUUCAUUAACCACACGCCGGGUUUAAAUACCAGCACUGCGUUCAGGACUAAAGUGGGAACUAGCUUUCACUUCCCAUCGUAACCCUGAAAUGUAGAAUUGCUCGUCUUUUCAUCUAGGAGUCCGUGUUUACGGAUGGCUAGUUCGACAGACGCGCUAACCUUCACACGCUUUAACAUCGCUGCUACGAGUUACCGCUCGAAAAUAUGCAAAAAACGCUCCGGACGAAUCGACUGACGCGUGAAUCCGGAACAGCGUCGGUGUUUUGCGCUCGCUGAUAUUGAUAACGUUCUGGAAGCUCCGCCCCCUUCCCCUCGUCUCACAUCGGUAGCCUAAUCCGCUCGCGCGCUUGUUUUAUUUCGUUAACUAAGAGCUCUGCGUGCGUUCCGCCUCACUAACGUUGUGGUUUUUCCUUCGUGAUAUUUCUUUUUGCAUCCUGUUGUUAGGAUUAUGCAAAUUAGCACUGGGCAUCGUGACAGAAAUGUAUCACGAUACAUCCCCAGGUGUUUCUGCGACGCGUUUAAAAAUAAACCUUUUAAAAAUGAGUUCGAGGAUACUGCUAUUUAAUACGUACGAAAAUACACGAGGUUAUUCGUCACGAUAUCCCGGAGAAAUGUACCGCGGCGUAUCGUAUCGUAUGGUAUCGCCCGGCUCGAACUCUAAACACAUCGAAUACGUUAAAAUGAAGACAAAUCACUAUAGAAACACAGCGUUAGGGCUCUUCUUUCUUUCACCCCUCAGUUUGAGUUUUGCGUUUUUUGUUAUCUCGUGAAUUACGGCGGCUUAAAAUAAAGCACUCGAGAGCGCGAAUAACAUGGAACGUUUCCGAUCUUAAACACUCGAGCACGUGUGGCGUUUAAAAACAGUGGAAAGUCCCGGUUGUCACGAGCGCAGCAUCACGGUGAUCGAGCUGCACGCACCUGGCCGCGUUCCUCCAAGCUCCGGCGUUCUCACUUCACAACAGUCCACUCUUUCAUCUUCUGCCUCUUCCUUUUAUAUACGUAUACACACCUUACACUCAUCCUCCAGUACAUCUGCGCUUCAUCAUCAGUCCUGGAUGAGAACCCGUAUCUGUUCAUCGUUUUGUUUUGUUUUGAAUUCGCCUAUUUUGACGACCUCACACUCGAACCCACCUUCAUCCUGCGUUGGAGAUCUCACAUGCUGCGUCGAGUAACCUCCACGCACACCACUAUAGCAGCCUGAACUACAGUCGCCUCAGAUUCCUCUCUUCCUGUCCUUUCUGAGAAUGACAAAAGGAUAAUCUCUCUGAUGCAGUCGCUGAUGCGUGAUAUAUGCAGCUUUACACUGUUUAUGCCAUGUUUCAUGGUACUGUAACGUUACGCUCACCUGUGCAAGCUGGAAUCAGGGAUCUGUCUCGUCUCCUCGUCUCGCUCGUAAUGAAGGCUCUCCUCCUCUCCUCUCCUCUCCUCCUCUCCUCUCCUCCUCUCCCCUCCUCUCCUCUCCUCCUCUCCUCUCCUCCUCUCCCCUCCUCUCCUCUCCGCUCCUCCUCCCCCUCGUCUCGUCUCGUCUAGCCCAGUCCGCUGCUGAGUGCAGUGCUUUCUGCCUUUCCGUUAAAAAGAAAGAAGUCGGUGUUUUAUUAGUCGGGCCUGCGUCGUUUUGUUCUUAUUAUUUAUUUUUCUAAGCACAGACUCGUAAUGCUGCAAGGCCUGGACGCUAGGACGCUAGGACGCUACACCUCUACCUCUGUUUUACCUGUCCUCGCUUCUGUGUUGUGGAACUCGGAUCGUUUCAGAACUCGUCAAUCAGCCUUAUUUUUUUAAACCUAUAAUCUCCGGAAUCGUCUUUGCACCUGCAUCAGGUGAGUAAUGAGGGUUGAGUGAUGCUGCCCGGAUCUUACCAUUCACACCGUUAAUCUAAACCGGAGUUGACGCGAACGAGCGACACGUGGGGUUUUCUACGUACGUGCCUGACACCGAGCCGCCGCCGCCGCCGCUUCAGAGACGCAGGACGAGACGUUUGAAAGAAAUUUUCUCAUUUCUAUGCAAAUUAGCUGUGAGGCCGGAGAGAAGAGGCGCACCCGAACGAUUCGCCGGAACCGUACGCACGGCGCGCGCGGUCCGACGCGUCGUCGGUUCCCUUAUUAGUUCUGCAAAAACGCUAGAAGGACUUGGCGCCGUACACCACCGCGUAUUACAGAGAACAAUAAGGUUUGGAAGAAAGGGAGCAGCAGGUUAUGGAGGGUGACUCGGGUCAAAGGUUACGUCGGUAGUAGCUAGCUAGCUGACUAGCGUGAAUACGAGGAUGUGAUGUAACGUAAAUCAAACAGGUACAGAGAAGAAGACUCGCCGUAUACCAAAAGCGAUUCACUUUCUGCAGGUGAGUCGAUUCCGAGUCGAUUCACUUCCUCGUUAGAGUUCACUGGGACGAUUCAGAGAGAGAUUUACUCGUUUAUUCGAUCAUUUCAGAAACAUUUCGCUGUCUGAAUCUGAGCACUGAACACGGGUGUACUCUCACUCACGCGACAAAACGUGCUGCGAGGAAUUGUUAAGGGCGUGCCUUCGCAACGAUACGGAUAGAAAUCUUGUGUGUGCGUGUCUUUCUAAUUUACUUUUCAUUCUUUACUCCUCUCUCUGUUCCCUCGUUCUUUUUAUCCUUACUUUUUCUCUAUCCUUUCUUUCUUCGUCUCUCUCGUUUCUCUUUUUAUCCCUUCAUCUCGUUUUCAGUCGUUCCUCCACCCUGUAUUUCCACUCUUCUUCCUUUUCAACCAUCCACUCUUCUUCUUCUUCUCGUUUUCCCAUCCUCUUUUACUUUCCGAUCUUUCGUCUUCUCCUCUCAGUACACACGCGUUUUAUCUUUUUUAUUUUCUAUUUCCUUUCUCUUUCCUCGUCGUGCUUUCCAUCCUUCAGUCUACUUUUCUUUCGGUUCGUUUCAUCACUUUUCCUUCCUCUCGUCUCCUUGAUCCCCUCCGUCCGUCUUUUUACCUCUCACACGUGAUCAUUUCCCUUCUUCUCCUCCUCCCCACUCGAUUUCAACCUGUUUUUCCGUCCUGUCUGUUUUCCUCUCCUCUCUUUUUCAGUUUCAUUUAUUCCUUUGUCUCUCCGUACUCUACAUCCUUUUAUCUCUCAUUCCUGUCCGUUCUUUCUUCCUUUUCCUUUUCUCUCUAUCCAUCUUUCCCCAUCUGUUCCAUGCUGAUGUGUGUGUGUGUGUGUGUGUGUGUGUGAGAUACGAGCUGAUGAUAUUAUCCCAUGCACGCAGACUCCGCUCAGUCCUGUUACAGCUCUGUGCGUGUGCGUGCGCGUGAGAGAGAGAGACUACAUCACAGUCAGAACAGACCUGCAGUGGUCUGGUGAUUGAGGUUGAAACCCAGGCUGGUCGUUAGCUGAUAAA